AUGUGCUGGGUCAUGCUGGACCGCGCUAUUAAGCUAUCCGAGUUGCGCUCGUUCCCGUCGGAACGGCAGCUUUGGAUAUCCACUCGCGAUGAGAUUUACGAAGAAAUCCAGAGCCGCGGCUGGAGCGAGAAACGCCAGGCUUUCGUCCAGCACUACGGCAGCGAGUCGCUGGACGCGUCCAACCUGCUGAUGCCGUUGGUCUUCUUCAUGUCUCCAACCGAUCCCCGGAUGUUAAGCACCAUCGACGCUAUUAACCUCAGCCCGCAGCAGGGCGGCCUCGUGUCGGACAGCCUCGUUUAUCGUUACAACCACGAGCAGUUCGCCGACGGCCUGGCCGGACACGAGGGUACAUUCAACAUGUGCACUUUCUGGCUCGUGGAGGCGCAGACCCGCGCCGGCUGGGGGGACCCUCGGCGUCUGGAUCAGGCCCGCCUGAUGUUCGAGAAGAUGCUGGGUUACGCCAACCACCUGGGCCUGUACGCCGAGGAGACCGGCCCCCGCGGCGAGGGCCUCGGCAAUUUCCCCCAGGCUUUCACGCACCUCGCCCUGAUCAGCUGCGCGUUCAACCUUGACCGUGCGCUGUCCGGCAUCCGCUGA